AUGUCAAAGAGCAUCCAAUCCUUGGUUCUUGAUGCUGGUCCUUUGAUUACUCAAACUUCAAGUCAACUUCAGCAAUUUGCCAACACUUUUUACACAACUCCGGGUGUGCACUCAGAAUUAAAAGAUGAACAUUCUAGACAACAACUAAUUCUCUGGGGAGAUAAAUUGCAGGUAAGACAUCCAAAACAAGAGUAUAUUGAUCAAGUAAGCAGGUUUGCUCGUUUAACUGGUGAUUAUGCUGUUUUAUCUGCAAACGAUAUUCACAUUAUUGCAUUGGCAUAUGAACUUGAAGUCGAACUUAAUCAUGGUGACUGGAGAUUAAGAAAAUUCCCUGGUGAAAAAUUGGAAUUUAAGACAAAAGCUACUACAACAGAGGUAACAAAAGAAAAAUCGGAUGCGACACCUGUGGAAGUUGCUUCCGAGACUCUGGCACCUACUGAACAACCAUUUGAAGAAGUAAAAGCUAAAAAACCCAGAAGAAGAGGGGGAAAGAGACAAAGAGAGAAGAGAGAAGCACAGCUUCAAAAUGAAUUGGUUGGAGAGAAACAACAAGACACAAAAAAUACAGAAAACACAGAAGAAAGUGAAACGACAAUUCUUCAAACAAAAGAAGUGUUAACUCAAGCCAUCGAAAAAAAGAAAGAGGAAAAUUAUGAAGCUCUUGAAGAAGACUAUGGUAAUGAUGAUGAUGAUGAUGAUGAUGAUGAUGAUGGAGAUUGGAUCAAUCCUGAGAAUUUGUAUGAAGAAAUGAUGAAAGAUAAUAACGAACAAAUAGCUGAAUCCAAAGUGGGUGAAGCUAAUGUUCCAUUUAUUAAAUGUGCAUUGACUACAGGAGAUUUUGCAUGUCAAAACGUAGCCAUGCAAAUUGGUCUUAAUUUGAUGAAUUCUAUGUCUGGAAGACAGAUUCGCAGAGUUCGUAACUAUAUGUAUCGUUGUCACGCAUGUUUCAGAAUGACGCCAAUUCCAAAGAAUGGUAAGCCUAAACAUUUCUGUCCUAAAUGUGGUGGUCAAACUCUUUUACGGUGCGCAGUUUCUAUUGAUAACAUAACUGGUAAAGUUACUCCUCAUUUAAAGGCAAAUUUCAACUGGAUCAGACGUGGAGAUCGUUACACUUUACCCUCACCUUUAAGUAAGAAUUCCCAGAAACGUCAAGGUAAUGCUGGACACCAACACAACAAGCAAAAUCGUCAUAGAAUCUUGCAAGAUCCUGUGUUACUUCGUGAAGAUCAAAAGGAGUACGUUCAAGCAUUGAAAGAUGAUGACUGGCAACGUCGCCAGAAUGAAAAGGCUCUUCAAGAAUGGAUUGGAGGAGGAAGUGCAGACAACUUCAUUUCUCCUUUUACAACCGGUCCGACAGUAAGAGGAUCAGGAGUACGGGUUGGACGAAGCCGGUUCAUCAAUUCAUCAAAGGGAAGAAAGUAA